CACAGGAGCACAUCAUGCCAAUGCUAUAUUUCUUGCAACUCUUGUUUCUGGUAGCAGCUUUUUUUUGCAGGUGUUAAUUCAUCUGUGAUUCAACAGAAUUUGAUUGGUGGAAAAGGCUGUACUAGAAAUGAACGGCACCACCAGGCGUGGGUCUUUCAGAAGAGAAGUGAAGGAAAAGAGAGUUUCUGUGGUGGGACUCUGAUCCAUAUGAACUGGGUGUUGACAGCAGGACACUGUUACAAUAAGAACAUUGCUGGCAGAACUGUUUCAGUCUGGGCAGGUGUUCAUCCGAACAAAACAUUCCAAAAGUUUAACAUUAAGUCAGGUGACAUCCAUGUAUAUGAUGUCACUCAGGACACAGGUGACAUCAUGCUGAUCAAACUUCCUGGAUCUGUAAGUGGAAUCACUCCUGCUCAGCUUCCUGGCUCCUCCUGUCAGACUCCUUCUAAUGGAGAGAAGCUGCAGCUCGCUGGUCACGGAUCUACUGUUGACCCAAAUGGCCACCCUGAAAGGAACCGUCGUCUGCAGUGUCUUGAUCUAAAAGUCAGAGACUGUAAUUUCUGGAAUGAGACUGUAGUGAGCAACUAUUUCUGUGGUGGUCUUCAUAAGAAAGCCUUCACCUGCCCGGGAGACUCUGGUGGAGGCUGGCUGAAGAAGAGGUUUCGGAGAACAGGUGUGAUCUAUGGUGUACUCAGUGGUAGAUUCCAUUAUCAAAAUGGAUCAUGUACUACAAAUUCCAGAUUCACCAGUGUGUGUGCUCCUCUUAUCAGGAAGUGGAUAAAUGAUACCAUGACUAAUCAUAUGUGAGUCCUAUAUGAAGCAAUAACAGUAGAGUUACAUAUGAAGUUACAGAUUAAAUACUACAGCUGAUCUGUCACUCUGUACUUUAAUACAAACAUGUUUGGUUAUGUUUGACCUUCAUUUUUAGACUGAUUGAUUUUUAAUUUAAAAUAUGUUACAU